AUGAUUGCUCUUGGCCGUAAUUUUUCCAUCGGCACUCUCUACAAUCACAUUGAAGACGUCAUUGUACCAAAUAUGCGUCUGUGGGAUCCAAGUGACGUUUCUCGUCUGGCCACUGUCAAGACAGAACAGAAAGAAACUGUCAAAGUUCAUUCAAUUGUGGCCGAGCACAGGAGUGAAGAAGAAGAUGAUAUCGAAGAUGAUGAACAUGGGACCACCUUGUUGUCUGAUUUGGGAAUGGACAAUCACUCGGCCAUGAGUUUGAUGGCUGGACUGUUACGUCCUUCAUUGGCAGGAGCUUGGCAGUACCCGAUUGAUCGAUCUGAUUUUACCACGUUUGAUCACGGUGCUGAAGUGGCCGUCCAUUGUCGUUCUUCCAGCAGGAAAGUCUCAGUCGACCCCACUAGCCUGGAAAUUAUCUGCCGGCCAGAGAGACUCAUCAAGAGCCAGGCCACUCACGUCGUUGUAGCGGUCACUUACGGCCUGGAGGCCUUCUGCAUUUUCUCUCCUCAACUCGGCCCACUUCCUAAAAAUUCCAGGGACGACGACGACUACGCCCACUUCUUUGCCAACGGACUUUUGAAUGGCCGAAAUCGACUAGAACUGGACGAAGAAGAUGAAGACCACCUUAUUCCGUUAGACUUGCUGUGUCUCCUGUACAGCGACUUGAUUGGCGUCAAAAGUGGACAAAGCUGGACUUUGAAGGACGUCGGCGAGCAGUACCAAGCCUGCAGGAAAGUCAUGGAUCACCUGGCCAGCACGGCCAUCCCGUUGAGAGUGUGGUUGUACCCUCUUGGUAAGCUGAUGCAGACGGAAGCCAAUAACAUCUACAGGAUUUCCAGCAACAUUUUGGAUCUCCCCCGUGACCUAGUGAUCCGCUGGCAGAAAAUGUGGAACCGGAUGCGACGAGUUCGACGUGAAACGGACUCGUUGGUUCACCAUUUACAACACAUUUCCAAUGGCCAAAUCCCUCCCAACUGUCGUCAAAGAAUCAAAGACUUUGACGGAUUAAUGGCCAAAUUCACAUCCGCUUUGUAA